AUGUCUGGACGCGGAAAAGCAGCUAAAGGAGGAAAAAGUACAAGCAAAACCAGAUCUACCCGUGCAGGUUUACAGUUUCCUGUAGGAAGAAUUCAUCGCUUUCUUCGAAAAGGAAACUACGCUGAGCGCGUUGGAGCGGGAGCACCCGUGUAUCUUGCCGCAGUUUUGGAAUACCUCACAGCAGAAGUAUUGGAACUCGCGGGAAAUGCCGCCCGAGACAACAAAAAAUCCCGUAUCAUCCCGCGCCACUUGCUCCUGGCUGUGCGAAACGAUGAGGAACUCAACCAGCUUUUACAACACGUGACUUUCGCAGACAGUGGUGUGCUGCCCAACAUCCAGGCCGUGUUACUUCCCAAGAAAUCCGCAUCGAAAUCUGGCGGCUCAAAGGCGGCAAGCUCCAGCCAAAGCCAAGAGUAUUAG